CCUUUAACUUUGGAUUGCAAUAGUCCCGAAGAAGAAAUUGUGCCGUUCUCACUUCCGAAACAACCGACAGUGCAACAACAUGGACGCAAAGGCUGAAUGUACGCAGGGAAUUGGGGUUGCCGGCGAAAGCGGCGCCUUCAAGAUACAAGAGCGACUUCAGAAGCGGCACCAGGAGAGGGCAGAGGAAGCCGAGCGGAGGAAGGAAGCCAAAGAGAGCCGGUCAGUCGCGGAGGAAAAGGGCGAGUAUUUCUCCAGCACUUUCGACACAGAGCGAGCGUCUAUCGAGGAGCUGCUCUCCAGCUGCACCGGAGCUGACCGGGCUGUGGUGACCCAAACACUGGAGGAGGCGACGGUCAAAACGCUCCAGCUGCAGAAGUUUCUGAACGACAGCAUGUUGUUUCUAACGCAGUACGAGCUGAGACGGGCUCAGGAUGCUCUCCAGAAACUCCAAACCUCCUCCGCUGAGAUCAGAGAGGAGGCCCUGCCCAAGAAGAAGUUUGCCUUUCGAGCUCGCAGUAAAGCCACAGAUAAAGUGUCUGCACCAGAGUCAGACACUCCUGCAGCUUCUGUUAGCACCAAGGUGGCUGUAGCUCCUGCAGUGUCUGUGCAGUGUGGCUUCUCCAACAUGAACAAUGUGUGUCUGACAAAGACAGCUGAGGAGAUCCAUAAACAAGAUGUGCUGUUGACUCACCUGACUAACUGCAAGGUCCGUCUGUUUGGGUCCCCCAGCACACUGCACAUGAAACACAUCGACAGCUGUGAGAUCCUGUGUGGGCCCGUGUCCAGUUCAGUAUUCAUUGAUCACUGUAGAGACAGCACUCUGGCCAUCCCUUGUCAGCAGCUGCGGACCCACAACACCCAGGACACACGGGUGUAUCUCCACGUCACCAGCCGAGCCAUCAUAGAGGACUGUCAUGGAGUCAGCUUCGCCCCGUUCUCCUGGUCUUAUCCCACCCUGAAGGAGGACUUUAUUGUCUCUGGUUUAGACCAGAACAGAAACAACUGGAGCCAGGUGGACGACUUCCACUGGCUCGCUGCAGGAACGCCUUCCCCUAACUGGACAGUCAUCCCAGAAGAAGAUAGGAAAACCAACUGGGAACUUUAGAAUUUAACCUUUUUGAUUUUCCAAAGUAUGUACAUGCCAAUCAAACCACACGCACAGUUUUUCUUUUCAAGUCGGUUCAUUCUAUAUUCUGGUUUGGGGUAUUGUUGGAUUAUAUUCUUCUGCUUACGCUUCCCAAACAAUUGAAACUAAAGGGCAAAAUGCAAAACUCUUAAAAAUAGCAGUGCAAGAUGCUUCACACAGAAAAAGCUGGACUCGUCAACAUUAGAUUAAUGCCUUUUUUCUGUAUUAUUCAGAAAGUGGUAUAUGUUUGAAGUUUGCACAAUGUCUGGUAGAUCCUAUUGUAAAUAGGCCCAUAUUGGUAAUGUUGUAUAUGUCGGCCAAUAAGUAACAAGAAUUUGUUUAAUUCUUUCAGCAGCUUUUAUCAACUUUCAAAUAUUGAUAUCAGUCUCAAAAGUCCAGUACUUGUCUGGCUCAAAUUUCUGGGUACUCCAUAUUUUAAAACUGUGAACCUCCCGCUGAUUUAAUUCUUACAGAUUUCACCAGUGAGAAUUGCU